AUGAAAGCACAAAGAAACACUUCUCAUUUCUCAUCGGCAAACACUGGCUCUAAAACUCGUGAAAGUACACCUGCAAAGGACUUUGUUGUUAGAAAACAGAUAAAAUUGGAUGUACCCUUUGACCAUUCGAAAAAGGAAUGGAUUUCUCUAAAACUGAAACAGUUCCAGCAAAACAAGAUUUCUAAGGGAAAUACUGAUAUCGAUCAGGAACUCAUAAAGUUAUCCCAAGUGGAGCCAACCUCAGAGCUGAAGUUUCCAAAGAUCAGAGGAGUCACUUUGAAGAAGGCCUCUGUAGAUUUGGCUUCAUUCCGUACUGUUGAAACUAGGAGGCAUGAAAAAUCAGUUGAGAAAAGAGUUUCAAAUUUCUCCUCUUUGACUACAAAUGCUUAUGAGGUCAAUAAGAGGUCUAUCUUAGUGCCUACUCUUGCUAGUGAUGACUCAAAUAUAAUUUGUUCUGCAACCCCUGUGAGAUACAGGAAACAGAAGAAAUUUAAAACUACCAAGAACACGUUAAAAGUUCUUCAACCAAGAAAUGUAACCGAAAAGGUGAAGUCCAGGCGUUCUACCAAGUUUUCUCUCAUUUCCUCAGUGAUGGAUCCUAUCAUUGCAACAAAUAGGCGAAUUGACAGGAUCGAAAGAGAAUGCUCUACUCAUGAUUCCUCCCUCUUGACUAAGAGUGAAUCUGUAGAAAGAGUCCACUUAAAUCGUUCCCCACAAGAAUCUUUAAAUUUUACACUCCAGGUGAGGAAAGUAAAGAAUUUCGAUGAGAAAAUCAGAAUGAAGAAGAAUGAAAGACUCAUGAGCAUCAUUGAGACAGGUAUCAGCAAGGAGUUCAAGAGCUGUAGUAGAAUUCCUAAGCCCAAGAACUCAGAAUUCUUGUGUAAAGUGGACAGAAAGUAUAAGGUCCUGCACUCUAAAUUUCAGCCUAGAUUCGGCAUUAAGAAUUCCUUUGACACAAGAGAUCCCAACUGCUUGCUCUAAGCAUGCAAGUAUAUCAUAUUAUCAUAACAUAUCACGCCUAUCCAUGAAUC